AUGUCAGCUACGAAAGCAGCGUCAAGGAAACGAGAAUCCGAACUCGAUCGCACAAAACCUGAGAAGAAGAACCGAUCAGAUAAACAGAAUUUCGAUCUCGAUUUGGAUUUUGAUAUAUCUGAUGAUCUCAAAGGAAUCGUGUCGGCGCUGAACCUGAUAAGAGAUAAGGCACAGAAGGACGGCCAGAAGAAGAACGAAGAAACUAUUUCUAGUGUUGCAUCUGAGAUUAAGUCUACUAUUGAGGGAUUGAGGACCAAAUUUGAGAAGGAAAGGCAAACUUUUGCUAAGGCGCUUUCAAAGAGUUCUAAAGAGUUUGAAAGUUCCUUGAAGAACGAAACUAGUAAGUUUCAAGCACUUCAUGAGAAUUUUUACAAAGAGAAAGCCACUUCUCUUCAGGCCUUUCAAGAUAUUAUUUCCAAAUUUGAAGAGGAAAAGGAAAAGCUAUUCUUGAGAUAUGAGCAACUGAGGAAGAAGGAAAAAGCUAUGAUAUCCGAACAAGAGAAAUCCUGCAAUGACAAAAUCACCCAACUUGAAGGGUCACUCAAAAAGAAGAAAAAGGAUGAUAAAACUUUCAGCAUGCUAAGGAAAACUCUAGGAUCUUUCUUGGAGAGUACUUCGGACGAUGAUUUCCCACCUGAUGAUUGA